CAUAAAGCCCCCCCCCGACACCCCUUCCCGCAGUCUCCUCCUCCAACCGGGCGCCCUCCAGGGGCCUGGCACAAUCGCCCCCACCGACCCUAGAGGGGCUCCGGGGGAGGCUGCCAGGCGCCCCUGCUUUGCCCAGGACAGAGGAGGAGGAGGCGGCGGCUCCGCUCCGCCCGUUCCCGGGCGCGGCUUGCUGGCUCUCCGCCUCUCCGGCAAGAUGGCAGCGGCGGCGGUGGGUCGAGCCGGGCUGGGCUUCUUGCGGGGGCUUCGGCUCCCCGGCCCGGCCGGGGUCCGGGGGCUGCGCGCAGGAGGGGAGGGUCUUCGGCAGCAGGAAUUCACCUCCCUGGAGGAGAAGCCCCAGUUCCCGGGAGCCUCGGCCGUGUUUAUCGACAAGCUGGAAUUCAUCCAACCCAACGUCAUUUCGGGGAUCCCCAUCUACCGGGUCAUGGACCGGCAGGGGCAGAUUGUCAACCCCAGUGAGGAUCCCCAGAUUUCCCAGGAGGAAGUGCUGAAGUUAUACAAGAGCAUGACACUACUCAAUACCAUGGAUCGCAUCCUGUACGAGUCCCAGAGACAGGGCCGAAUUUCCUUUUAUAUGACCAACUACGGGGAAGAAGGGACGCACGUGGGCAGCAUCGCAGCUCUGGAUGACGCUGACCUGGUCUUCGGACAGUAUCGAGAAGCAGGCGUCCUGAUGCACAGGGGGUACCCUCUGGAUAUGUUUAUGGCCCAAUGCUACGGCAACACCAGCGACCCCGGGAAAGGCCGCCAAAUGCCGGUGCAUUACGGCUGCAAAGAUUUAAACUUUGUCACCAUCUCCUCCCCGCUGGCUACCCAGAUCCCACAAGCGGUGGGGGCCGCCUACGCCUUCAAGCGGACGAACACAAACCGCGUCGUCAUCUGCUACUUCGGCGAAGGGACGUCCAGCGAGGGGGAUGCCCACGCGGGCUUCAAUUUUGCCGCUACCCUCGAGUGCCCGGUGAUAUUUUUCUGCCGGAACAACGGCUACGCCAUCUCCACUCCGACAUCCGAACAAUACCGGGGCGACGGAAUCGCCGCCCGGGGUCCCGGUUACGGCAUCCAGUCUAUCCGAGUGGAUGGCAACGACGUCUUUGCCGUGUAUAACGCCACCAAGGAGGCCCGACGCCGAGCCAUUGCCGAAAACCAGCCGUUCCUCAUCGAGGCCAUGACCUACAGGAUCGGGCACCACAGCACAAGCGACGACAGCUCAGCCUACCGCUCCGUGGACGAAGUCAAUUAUUGGGACAAGCAAGACCAUCCCAUCUCGCGACUCCGCCACUACAUGGCGAACCGGAAUUGGUGGGACGAGGAGCAGGAGAAGAGCUGGCGGAAGAAAUCGCGCAAACGGGUGAUGGAGGCCCUCGAGGAGGCUGAGCGGAAGUUGAAGCCCAAAGUUCAGCUCCUCUUCUCGGACGUCUACAGUGAGAUGCCCUGGCACAUCGCCAAGCAGCAGACUUCCUUGGAGCGCCAUCUGAAGCAAUACGGAGAACAUUACCCUCUGGAUCACUUCGAGAAAUGAAUCUCGGUGUCAGCAUCUCAGCGCUGACAUAGAAAAGGGAGGAUGAAGCCUAGUGGGACGCUCUCCUCACGUCCCAUUUCCCCCAACCCCGAGGGCUGGUGCCCCCCUUCCAGGGUGCCAGAUGGGCCUGUUGGCAUCUCCAGCACCCAUCCCUGGUUGCCCCCCCCCCAAAAAAAAUCUCUCUCCUUUCAUUGUGGGGAUGCCCACCCGGCUUUCCAUCCAUCCAUCCAUUCUUCGUUUUCGCUUUCGGCCGGAGUAAUCUCUGCAUCCCGCCGAGAUUUUUCUUACGAAAGGGCCGCUUAGCUUUCUGUCGUUCGACUGCCUUUCAUUUUUCUUUUUUUUCUUUUCCUUUUAAAGGCCAGCCCAAAAGAAGAGAGACAGACCCCCAUUCAGGGGCUUGGUGUGGGGCAAGAGACUUAAGUGGGGAUUGGGGACCCCCACAGUUUAAAGGAUUGUUUAAUGCAUUGCUAGGUGCAUUUUUGUACUUGCCCGGUGGGGCGAGGUGGACUCUCUCCGGCUAUUGCUACUUCAUUCUAACGCGUUCAAGGAUUUAAUUUAGAACUUGGGGUGGGGGUGUCCUUUUGGCCUGCUUUAAUCUUCGAAAGAUUUCGCCUUGAAUUUGCUUUCUGGAUCAAGUGACGCUUCGUCUCCUUCUGAGUUAGUUGGAAAAUAUAGAGAUGGGCUGGCACUAUUUGGGGUCAGAGAGAUAAUCUGGUAUUGGGGCACCGCCUGGCAUUCUGUUUCUUGAGCCACAUAUUCAUUUUUUUUAAUGAUUCAGACUGGCCCCUCAUCACCCUAACUGUCAAUUUUUGAUUGUUACUCCCAUCUGUCUUCAUGGGCCUUUAAGAAAAUUUCCUUCCCCCCCAAUUUUUAAAGCAAAGGGGAGUUUCUUCCUUGUAACUACUACUUUGUCACUAUAGCAGUAACUGUGGUUAGGGGUUUUUACAGGAAGGUGGUGGGAACCGAGAUUUAAAAAUUAACAUUCAAGGAUUGAAUAAUCUCAAGUAAUCCGGCAUGGGUUAUAUUUUUUUGCACAAAAAGGUGGGGAAAGCCGCAGAUAACCUUCCUUAAAAGCACAGAAAUCUCUCCCAGCUCAAUGGAGAUGGACUGCAAUUGCCUUAAAUUUGCUGCUUUCUGGACUAAAGAGCCUUUCUGGGUUUUGACACGUUCGCAACCUUCCUCGCUGAUCAGCCCUCAAAAUUCAGCUAGCAAAUCGGGUGUCACCUUAAGCGUCCCGCUAUGGGAAAGGGUUAAAUUUGCCCGAUUGCUCUCCGGAGGGGAAUGAAUCUCUCUUUAGAAAAAUCCAUAGAGGGGGCUGAAAGCUUGAAGUCCCAAAGAAUGGUAUUUACUUACUUUCCCUACUGGUUCGCAAAUGUGAGUGCGUGCGUUUCCGGCCUCAAAAACCUGCCUCAAUAGGAUGGCAUAGAGCCGGCGAUUUCCAUUACCGGUUCGGGCGAACUGCUCCGAACCGGAUGAAUACCACCUCUACCCCCCAACCCAUGUUCCAUCGUGGAAAGAGACAUGAUAAAUUUAUUUCUUUGCCGGGGCACAGAGAUCGGCCUUAAAUGAGGUGCCGGAUAAUUUAUCAAAACACUAAAGGGGUGUCUUACCGAGAAAACGGUUGUCGAGAAUUAAUGUUUGUGGAUUUUCUUUGGGACGGAAAUGACUUUGAGCAACGGGGGAGAAGGCCGGAAAACUUUGCACCGUUGGGGGGUGGGGGGCUUUAGAAAUGUAUAUGUUUGGGGUUGCGAGAACGAGACGCAGGGAUCCGAGUUCGAACGUCUCCUUGUGGAUGUUUGGUGCAUUUUUUAUUUUUCCAGCGCCUUCCUAAAGCGGAAUUCACGCUGUUCUGUUACUCUUACUCAAAAGCUGUUACAACUGAAAAUAACGAUUAUUGUGGGUGAAAAGGGAAUAACGGGGAGAUGCCAGCCUAUCUAAUCGCACAUAUGGGGCAAGUUGGAAAAUCAAUAAAUAUUUUUCUUUUGGCCAACGGC